AUGGAUCCUACAACUUAUACGGAUCCCCAGUUGACGCUACAGGAUCGACUGGUCAUUGGCAAUUUGGUCGAUAGUACACCUGUGCAUGAGAAAACAAAAACGGAUUUGCCAUCGCAGAAAAUAAGCGAUGAGGACCUUUCUCAAAAGCUGUAUGAUAUGAAUGAUGCCUCUCAUUCUACUUUCGAUCCCACGGUCUUUCAAUUAUGGGACGUCGCAGAAUUAAAGGAGAAACUACCGGCGCCAGUGAUCCGCUAUGUCCUCCAGCCUUAUAUGAAAUGGGCUCAAGGAAUCGUCCGUUUCCCGACUGAUGUUGUGAUGUUAACACAUCUAAUUCUUUACUUUACAACUAUUGUGCCCAGUGCUAUCUACCUCUAUUACGACUUCUCCUGGUGGCGCGGUGUUCUCCAUUGGGCCAUGCAGUUAUUCUAUUGCGGUGCUUUCACCCUCAUGAAACAUCAACAUAUUCAUAUGAACGGAGUGCUAGCCCCUCAUUACUGGGUCUUUGAUAACCUAUUCCCAUACCUCCUUGAUCCCAUGCUGGGACAUACGUGGAAUUCCUACUUUUAUCACCACAUUAAACAUCAUCAUGUUGAAGGGAAUGGGGCCGAGGAUCUAAGUACAACCAUGUUCUACGAUCGGGAUAGCGUCUUCGACUUUGCUUGCUAUGUUGGCCGAUUCAUCUUUUUCAUUUGGUUGGAACUUCCGAUGUACUUUUGGAAAAAGGGACAAACCAAAUAUGCUUGCAGAGCUGCGUUUUGGGAACUUAGUGACUAUCUCGCCAUCUAUUUGCUUUAUAACUACGUGAAUGCUCGCGCGACGCUUUUUGUGUUUGUUCUCCCUCUUACUGUCAUGCGAUGUGGUUUGAUGGUUGGAAAUUGGGGUCAACAUGCUUUUGUCGAUCCAAGUGACCCAGAGUCUGACUAUCUUUCAAGUAUUACCUUGAUCGAUGUUCCGAGCAACCGUUUCUCUUUCAAUGAUGGAUAUCAUACCUCGCAUCACCUUAACCCCCGUCGUCAUUGGAGAGAUCAUCCUGCCGCGUUUAUCAAGCAGCGGAGCCGCUAUGCGGAGGAAAGGGCUCUUGUGUUCCGCAAUGUUGAUUAUAUCUUCAUUACUGUUAAUUUGCUUCGCAAGAAUUAUCUGCACUUGGCUAAGUGCCUUCUCCCCAUUGGAGAUCAGGUCAAUAUGACUCUCGAAGAAAGGGCAGAUAUGUUACGAACUCGGACGCGCCGCUUUUCGCGCUCGGCUUCUAAAAAGAACGAUUAA